AUGAGAUUGGACGUAAAGGCCAUUGUCAAGACAUUCGAGUUGACGGAUGUCCCUGUCCGAGCUGGUAGAUUCAUUGCUCGAAAGAAUUGGAUUGUUUGCGGUUCCGAUGACUUUCAAUUACGAGUUUACAAUUACAAUACUUCAGAAAAGAUCACCACCUUCGAAGCCCAUCCAGAUUAUAUUCGUGCCAUUGUUGUUCAUCCUACGCAGCCUUUUGUUUUGACCGCCUCUGAUGAUAUGACAAUCAAGCUGUGGGAUUGGGACAAGGGUUGGAAAUGUGUGCAGGUGUUUGAGGGACACAGCCAUUAUGUUAUGGGUCUGGCUAUCAAUCCAAAGGAUACGAAUACAUUUGCGUCCGCAUGUUUGGACAGGACCGUAAAGAUUUGGAGUUUGGGAUCAUCCACAGCAAACUUUACACUGGAGGCCCACGAAACGAAAGGUGUCAACCAUGUUGAUUACUAUCCUCAAUCCGACAAACCAUAUCUUCUCACUACUUCAGACGACAGGACAGUCAAAAUUUGGGAUUAUACCACGAAAUCUUUAAUUGCAACGUUAGAGGGCCACACCAGCAAUGUCUCGUUCGCAUGCUACCAUCCAGAAUUACCCGUAAUUAUCUCCGGUUCUGAGGAUGGCACCGUCAAAAUAUGGCAUGCAAAUACAUACAGAUUAGAGCAGUCUUUGAGUUAUGGAUUGGAGAGAGCUUGGUGUGUUAGUUACCAAAGAGGGAAGCAGGGAGUUGCCGUGGGUUUCGAUGAAGGUGCGGUGGUUGUAAAGAUGGGUCGGGAGGAGCCUGCAGUAUCUAUGGACAAUUCUGGAAAGUUGAUUUGGGCUAGACAUAGUGAAGUUGUCUCAUCUAUCAUCAAGGGCGGAGUGAAAGACAAUGAACCAAUUUCUCUACCUACGAAAGAUCUCGGCACUUGCGAAGUAUAUCCACAAACCCUUCUUCACUCUCCAAAUGGUCGAUUCGUUUCUGUGUGCGGGGACGGCGAAUUCAUUAUUUAUACUGCUCUUGCAUGGAGGAAUAAGGCUUUCGGCUCGGCUUUGGAUUUUGUUUGGGGUUCGAAAGACAACAGUAAUGAUUACGCGAUACGGGAAUCAGGUACAAGCGUGAAGAUCUUCAAGAAUUUUGUGGAGAAAAGUGGUGGUCUUGAUGUUGGUUUCCAGGCUGAAGGUUUGACUGGCGGCGUUCUACUCGGUGUUAAGGGCCAAGGCGGUAUUGGUUUCUACGACUGGCAAAGCGGUGGACUGGUCAGGAGAAUUGAAGUUGAGCCAACGGAAGUAUACUGGUCUGAAAAUGGAGAGUUGGUUGCUAUUGCAUGCGAAGAUACUUUCUACGUCCUCAGAUUCUCGCGAGAGAAUUACGUUGCGGCUCUGAAUGCUGGAGAAGUUGAUGACGAUGGAGUCGAGGCUGCAUUUGAAGUUGUUACGGAUAUCAAUGAAACUGUACGAACAGGUGAAUGGGUAGGUGACUGCUUCAUCUAUACCAACAGCACGAACAGACUGAACUACUUGGUCGGUGAUCAAACCUAUACCAUCUCUCACUUUGAUCAACCCAUGUACUUGCUUGGAUACAUUCAGCGCGACUCUCGCAUUUACCUCGCCGACAAAGAUGUCAACGUCACUUCUUUUGCCCUCUCUCUCGCAGUUGUAGAGUAUCAGACAUUGGUUUUGAGAGAUGAUAUGGACACUGCCGCAGAAGUACUUUGCACGAUCCCCGGCGACCAGCUUAAUAAAAUCGCCCGUUUCCUCGAAGGUCAAGGACAUAAGGAAUUGGCGCUGGAGGUUGCCACUGAUAAAGAACAUAAGUUUGAGCUGGCUCUCGCAUUAGGCCAUCUUCCGAUAGCCCUCGAACUUGCCCGUGAAGCAGAUGUCGAGCAUAAAUGGAAGACAGUCGGUGAUGCAGCACUUGCUGGUUGGGAUGUUGCACUUGCCGCGGAGUGCUUCAAAAAUGCCAGGGAUCUUGGUUCACUUUUAUUACUUCACUCAAGUACUGGCGAUAGAGAGGGACUCAAAGCAUUAAGUCUACAGGCGAGCGAUGCAGGCGCUCACAAUGUUGCGUUUACAUGUCUUUGGCAGUUGGGAGACGUUGAUGGAUGUAUUGAGUUAUUGAUCAAGACUGGUAGAGCGGCUGAAGCAGUGCUGUUUUCACAAACAUAUAAGCCUAGUGUUACGGUCAAAACUGUGCACGCAUGGAAAGAUCAGUUGGAAAACGAUAAGAAGGGAAGGGUAGCUAAGACCGUUGGCGUGCCCGGUGAAGAUGAAGAGCUUUUCCCUGAAUGGGAAGAAUAUUUGAGGUUGGAGCAGGAAGCCGGUGAGAACCUUAUUGAUGUUAAUGGGGAUGGACAUGAGAAGAUUAAUGGAGAUGGGCCUGAUCCUGACGCUGAAGCCGUCGAGGAGGGCUCACUAGAGACGAAAGAUGAUGAGGAAGAACCAGAGGAAGAUUAG